AUGUAUCAUAUCGAUAGGCCAAGUGAAUCUAAAUGCUAUCGCACGACGUAUAACGCACGCAUAACGCACCUGCAUACACCCCAUCCACCUCCCUCGCUUGCCCGCAACCCGCCCAAGCGACCAAACUUAACUCAACCCCAGGCUCAACGAACCCACCUACCCCAGGUCCCCUCUCCCCCAACCCAGGAAAAAGAAAAUCAAAAUUACCAGGUCCGACAUCGUAGGGAGUCGGUUUUCUUUCUAAGCAUGAAUGCCAACUAUGUUACCGCCUACCCCAUACUCACAGAGCUUCUUGAACUCGGCCCUGUCACAGGUGUAAAUGAAUACGGUGCAUCGAUUGUUCUAUACAUAUCCUCUUUUCAGGCUGUUUCAUUCUUCGCUCGCCAUGCACAAAAACAAAGAACCAGCAGGGCAGCGCACCGCGGCGCAGGGCAAGACAAGGCAGACGAGAAGACCCAGACAGGCGAAAGCACAGAACGAGCAAACGAAGGUCGACGAAACCCCCGGAGCCAUUGUGCCUCCCCCUUACCAUAUCACAGUUCUCCGGUGGGGCUGAAAGACCGCGUUCAUAUACACUCGUAUCAUCAUCGUCAUACUCGUCGCGGAUUCGAGUCACAAGAUGCCCACGAGACCCCCGCCCUCCUCAGCUCAGACCUCUUGUCAGCAAUCAUGAUUGAUGUGGGGGCCGGGAUCGUCUCGCGGGGAAGAGGUGGAAGAGGAUCCCCAUCCCCUCCCUAA